AUGUCGUCUGCGACCGAAGUCGAGGCGCUGCUGCGUUUCCUCUCGAAAGAUGCCAAACUUCCCCUUGCUACAGCCCUGGGCAAAAUAAAGGACCUUCAGCAAGCCAAUCUUAGAAGUCCCGAACACAUCUCAAAGGCCAAGCUACAAGACGUGAACAAAGUCUUCCCGGAUGAGAAGCUGGCAAAACAAGUGUUCAACGCGGCGAAGCGCGUCAGCAAGAAACGAACAUCCACCGCUUCAGAUCAGGCAACCAGCUCUCCAACGGCAAAAAGACUCAAGCCGGCAGUCAGUGAGCCCGGAACACCAGCCGCAUUUGAAGCAUCACUGGAGCUGCCAGAGCCAUGCCACGACGAGGGCCUGAUUCGUGAAACUGCCAUCAUCACCAACCGAGCGCCAUUAGUGCUCGCGUUCGCGGUUCAAUUGCUUAAAUACACUAUGCCGGAACAACCUUUGUCAAGUCGGCUUAGCUUGGCCCAAGCAGUGGUAAGUGCGAACAGCCGCAGCAAGGCAGUCAGCGUUGGGCUUGAAAGUGGAAAGAGCGCGGAUGAAGAAGGGUGGGGCGAAGGUCAGCCGACGGUGAGAAUAAUGGGUAGAGAAGUCAAGGUUAUGACGCGAUGGGGAUACGAAUGGAAGGGUCAAGACAAAGUCAAGGAGGAAACGUCGGAACCAGACUCUCAGCAGACGCUGCAGGGCGAUGCAGAGCCCCCACAUGAGCACCAACCACCGCUGUGGGGCCUUGAUCUGGAGGCGCUGAAGAAGAAAAAUGGUACCUCACACCACGCCCAGUCGACCACCGGCGGAAUGCCAAUCUACACGGCACAAUCCGCUCGCUCGUAUCUCUUGAGGUCAUUUGACUCCAUCGCACGUGAGGAAGAGAAUAGGCCUGCAAAGAAGCAAAGCGGGGGGGCGAAGCAAGGGGAGAAAACUCGCAACCUCGGAAUGCUACUAGGCGCGCUGGACCUGCUAUACGCAUCCUGGGCCGCCACGCUGGAUGGGCACGAGCUCGAUAGGAGAACGUGGGGCUGGUACGUUGCAAUCCGUCCCGAUGUUGCAACAGGGGCCGCAGGCUGGGGCGAGAAGAACCAGGUCAAACUGGGAGCAAUUCUUGAUUUGAGGAGGUAG